UUAUCCUGGGUAUAGCGUCGCUUGUAUCCACAGUUACAACAACUGCAUUGCGUGGUGUUUCUAUCCAGAAAGGAUGUCUGUUUUAUCCAUCUGUCUGCGAAAUGAAAAAAGAAAUCAGCGAAAUUCUAGGACCACGAGUAGAGAAGCUACGUCUUGAAUUACGACGUCAAGUGAAUGAAAUCGACUGGACGGAACUGUCUUCGCAAUUGCAAAUAACAAAGAGCUAUAUCACUGAAUUGGCUUAUUUAACUGGACAGUUAAUGAAUGUGACAGAUAUUUCAUAUCAUACCCAAAUGUCUGAAACAUAUACUGACACGGACAAUCUACUUACAAAUUACGAAGACUGGCUUCAAUAUAAUUCCAGAACGUAUGUGUUUGAAGUUUUUGGGUCAGCUUUAGAAUUUAUGUCUUUGUAUUGGGUAUUAUCGGCAGAGAUUAUAACAAAAACUACAGCGAUGGUGACUGGUUUUGGUUUUCUUGUCGGCAUAGGAUUUUCUGCGUAUGAUCUAUAUACACAGAUAAAUGAGGAAAAAAAGAUUCGAGAUAACCUUAAGCAACAAACAUCUCGUCUUACCGUUGCUAUCAACGAAAUUGAGAAGAAUAUGAAACAAAUCGUAGAUUUUAAAUCAAAGUACAUCAAACAUGUCGUAAACCCGUUACAGACAUUACUUGGUUAUUUUCCAAACCAAUUUCCGUCCUUUCAUGUAUACCUGAAUAAACUUAACAACCCUGUGAAUAUCAAUUCCGGAUAUAUAGGUCACAUGAAUACCCACUUGGCAAAUGUUACAAAAUACCUUCGCAAGACUCUGAAUGAAACUCGACAUAUUAUCGAGGAAAGAGAAAGGUACACCAAGAUCCUGAAGGACAUCCGAAAAUUCCUCGACAAUAAACGACCACCAUCAAAAAUCCUGGCCAUAGUUCAGAAACAUAAUAACAGCUAUUUACAUUUACAUUCUAACUUUGACCUACUCCGAUUUAUAGCGAUUAACUUAAAAACCAACAUCAGUAGCUGUUACUGGGGAAUCCGAAUGGAUUUGAUUAGACGUGGCCAGGUGGAUAAAGCCAAUUACACUUCUGUACCACUGUGUCGUUCUCCAGAGUUAGAAGAUUAUGAACAAAGUAUACUAACCGACAUUCAUAAAACAAUGGCCCCGUGUAGAAUCCUACGUCGGCUGAAAGACGAUGUUUUUGACAGUAUGUACAAAUUGAUAAAAUACAUUGCCGAUUUCAUUCUACCACAUCGGGACUGUUACUGGGGUUAUGAUCUCGCCUACAUACGAAGCACUAUUCGACCUUCGCUUGUCUUUGAAAGUAUGAAACUGGACGCCCAAACCGUUACGUAUCUGGGUGUAUCUGAGUUUUACAAAACUUCAAAGGGAGUCGGUGGUUCAGAUCUAUGUCAAAAAUUUACUGUUUGUGAAGAAAGAUGGCAGAAAUUUAUAUACUGCUCGGUAUAUCCAAUUUCAGGAAGUGACGAAGAUAUGUGUGCCGAGGAAAAGGCGUCAGAUUGCAAAAAUAUGGCAAGUGUCUAUGAAAAAGACGAUUAUUGCUAUGAAUCGUUUUGGUGAAGUGUGUAUCUUUUAAUGACACUUGAUAUAUCAAAAUUAUAUGAAUUUUGUGUGCCAGAUAUCAAAACAACGUAAUACGUACAAUAUAAUAUACAUAUG